AUGACCGCCGAUACAGCCUCAUCUCCUCUGCAUCUCGCCACGCUACCACCAAUCUUUGUGUCGUCUUUGUUUUUCGAGACCGAGGRCCUUCAUGAGCUCGAAGAAGAACUGGCGCACGCUGGAGCGGCCCUAACGUACGAUGUCCAUGAAGCCGAGAUCAUCAUAAGCAAGGCGACAAAGGUGAGAAGAAUCGCGUUUGAUCUUCGGUCCAAAGGCCUUUUCACAAAGGAAGUGACCUCAACCAGCAUUAACAGCGAUUCCCCUCGAGCUGAAUCAAGUGCGAAAAAGCGGACUGUGAACGGCUCCCUCAAAGCGAGCCCGAUUACGCAGUCAGGGAGUACUGUUGACGACUCUGCUACUGAAUCCGAGAGCGAUGGCGAGGAGGAGUCUUCAAAGGAAAUAGCAAAAGGCUCGCCCCGGGAAUCGUGUUCGGGCGGUGGCCUGCAAGCACAGGUACCUAUUGCAGAGACUAUCGUGACCGUGGUCUCCAUCAGCUGGUUCGAAGACUCCAAAAAGCUCGGUCUGCAGCCACYCGAUCUUUACAUCACAUAUCAAGGUCAAAAAGUUGGCAAACAGUCCGGGCAUGCCUCGACCAGCACUCCAUCGCCCAGUUCUGCGAAUCGCCCACCAGACGCACCAUCAUCAAAGCCGCAACUUGUCCGUGAUAUCCUUCAGCGCGCAAAGGAAGACUCGCCAAAAGCGGGAUCCGAUAGAUUCGGGAAGCGCAAGUUUGGACUGAGUACUCCCUCUGCCACCCCGUCCAGCUGGGAGGCCGGCCACGGUACCAAAAGCCAAUAUGCACAUCUACUCCAAGAGUCUACUACAGAACACGAUGGUGGGUUCUCCAGCGAUUUGCCUGAGAUGCCAGAGUGGGUCAAGGCAGGUAUUAAGUAUGCCUGUCAAAGAUGCACUCCGAAGACAAAUCCAAACGACUCAUUCAUCGCGCUGCUGAAGAGGAUCAAACAUGGCCGACUGCUAACCAAUGAUGAGAUUGGUGUGCGAGCCUACAGCACCUCAAUAGCUGCCUUGGCUGCAUACACGGACAAGAUCAGCAAUCCUCGCGAAAUCAUGGCUUUACCAGGGUGCGAUGCGAAAAUCGCAAAUCUUUUCAUAGAGUGGACCAACACAGGAAAGGUUCAAGCCGUUGAGGAGCUUGACGCAGACGCAGACCUGAAGAUACUGGACCUGUUCUACAACAUCUGGGGCGUUGGGGUUACCACAGCCAGGGAGUUUUACUUUGACAAAGGCUGGCGGGAUAUGGAUGAUAUAAUCGAAUACGGCUGKAAGUCCCUCUCAAGGGUUCAAAAGAUUGGUGUGAAAUUUUAUGAUGAGUUUCUGGAUCUCAUACCACGAGCCGAGGUGGAGAGUAUUGGCAGAGUCAUUUACGAGCAUGCAGUCAAAGCCCGCGACGGAAACGUACAAUCCAUGAUUGUCGGAGGUUAUCGCCGUGGCAAAGAAGCCAGCGGGGACGUCGAUAUCAUUCUCAGCCAUCCCGAUGAAAGCCAGACACUAAAUCUCGUCGAAGACAUCGUGGCAAGUUUGGAAAAGGAAGAUUGGAUCACUCACACACUCAUUGUUUCGUUGCACAACUCCAAACGCGACCAACAAACGCUACCGUUCCGAGCUGAUGGUGGCGGACACGGCUWCGACACGCUUGACAAGGCAUUGGUCGUGUGGCAGGAUCCCGUGUGGCCAACAAAGACCAAAGAUCUAGCCGCAAAUCCGAACGCGAAGAAUCCCAAUAUCCAUCGAAGGGUGGACAUUAUCAUCAGUCCCUGGCGAACCGUCGGCUGUGCAGUGGUAGGGUGGAGUGGAGCCACCACCUUCCAGAGAGAUCUGAGGCGCUUUGCCAAGCACGAGCAUGGCUGGAAGUUUGACAGCUCGGGGGUCAGGAACAGAGCGAACGGGGAGGUCGUCGACCUUGAAGGUUAUUUUGAGUGGAAAGGGCUGGCGGGUGAGGCGGGCCGCGCGAAGACGAUGGAGGAAGCGGAGCGAAGGGUCUUCGAAGGUUUCGACAUUGCAUACCGGGAGCCUUGGGAGAGAUCUACUGGAUAA